CACAGCGACUGAAAAAUUCACCAAACAGAUUCAUAGAAACGUGAGACUUAAGAAGAAGAACAAACAACUGAAAUGCGAUCGUUUACUUCGACCCAGUCAUUCUAAUGUCUUCUCUCUCUCCAAAAGAGGGAUAGAACCACCAUGCCAGUUCCUCCCAAACCCAUCAACACCUUCACCAUAACCAUCAUGGUCACCUUCGCCUUUUUCCUCCUCUUCUUCUCCGGCUUCCUCCAAUUCCCCUCCGUCUCCUCCUCUUUCCCUCCCAUCAGUCGCUCCAUCUCGCCGCAGGCCGCUGAACCUUUCACUGAUCUCGUGGGGGCCUUCAGGAAAUGGGACUCGCAAGUGGGUUGCGCACGCUUCAAAGAUAAACCAAACGGGUUGCCCUUAAACCAGUCAAAGGUCUCAUCUUUGCAGGAGAUUGGAAACUGUGCGGGGUUGAAACUGAACCAUGUCAGUGUCUUGGUUAAAGGGUGGACUUGGAUUCCUGAUAACUUGGAUAACUUGUAUUCGUGCACUUGUGGGUUGAGCUGCUUGUGGACCAAAUCGCCUGUUCUCGCCGACAAGCCUGAUGCCUUGCUGUUUGAAACAACCACGCCUCCGGUUCAGAGACGCACGGGAGAACCACUUCGUGUAUAUAUGGAUCUUGAAGCUGGCAGAAGAAGAUCAGGUCAAGAGGAUAUAUAUAUUAGUUAUCAUGCUGAAGAUGAUGUACAGUCAACCUAUGCUGGUGCACUCUUUCACAGUGGUCGAAACUACCACGUCUCCAGUGAUAAAAACAGAGAUAUACUAGUUUAUUGGUCUUCAUCACGGUGUCUUUCUCAAAGGAAUGAACUUGCCAAGAAGCUCCUGAGCUUAUUGCCGCAUCAUUCAUUUGGCAAGUGCCUAAAUAAUGUUGGUGGUCUUGACGCUGCUCUUUCUCUUUAUCCCGAAUGUGCAAACGAUGCCAAUGUUACCCCAAAAUGGUGGGAUCAUUUACAUUGUGCCAUGUCUCACUACAAGUUUGUUCUUGCCAUUGAGAACACUUUUACUGAGAGUUAUGUAACAGAGAAGUUAUUCUAUGCCUUGGACUCUGGUGCAGUUCCAAUCUAUUUUGGUGCACCAAAUGUCAUGGAUUUCGUUCCUCCACAUUCAAUCAUAGAUGGUAGAAAGUUCAAGUCAUUGGAAGAGUUGGCCUCGUACGUGAAGGCAGUUGCUAACGACCCAGUUGCCUAUGCGGAAUACCAUGCAUGGAGAAGGUGUGGUGUGCUGGGAAACUAUGGAAAAACCCGAGCCAUGAGCCUUGACACAUUGCCAUGCCGAUUGUGUGAGGUUGUUAGCAGAAGAGGUGGAAGAAAUGCAAGAAGAUAGGUUAACUGCUUCAGAGAAAUAGAUACAUUGGAUUUAGGCUUGCGACUUGUAUAGAGGCACAUUGCUUGUUUCUCUGAGCUAAGUAACAUUGAACUAUAAAGGAAACAAAAUCAGAAAGGCUUAGCACACAUGAUGAUGACAAAUAGUAUGAAUUAUAUUCCAUUUGUUUUGUUCCA